AUGGCACCGAAGCAAGCAACUUUGGGCAAGUUCUUUGGCAACCCGGGCGGACCAAAGGCGGAGCCACAGCAAUCGAAGUUGAAGUUCUCGUCGAAACCGGAAUCGAAGACCAAGACGAAGGAGGAGGGGGACGAAGAAGAGUCGAAGCCACAGACAAACGGAACGAAUGGGCAUGCGAAGACGGAGGAUGUUGACAUGGAGGAUGCUGGUCCAGUCAAAGGGGAAGAUUCAGAUGAUGCUGUGAUUAUUAAGGAUGAGCCAGCGUCGUCGAACAAGCGCCGUGCUUCUCAGGAUGAAGGAGAUGCCUCGGAGGACAACGAUGAACCACCUAGUAAGAAGCAACGGCAGAGUGCGAAUGGGACGAAGAAAGGCGUGGCGAAGAAGUCGACGGCCAGGGGAAAGAAGAAGAUUGUCGUCGAGGAUGAUGCAAGCGAAGAUGGUGUGGACGACGAGCCAGUGGCCAAGAAGAGCAAGCCCUCUUCCAAGGCCAAGGCAGAGGACGAAAAGCCUAGCAAAUCCACUGCGAAGAAGCCCACAGAUGAAGAUGGUGAUGAUGAAGGCCGCAAGAAGACUUCCACGAAAGUAGAGCCGGAGAGCAAGGCAUCGCCCAAGGCCACAGCUCCCACAGAAGUCAAAGACGAUUCGGACCGCAACAGCAAUGAGGAAGCCGCAAGUGACUCUGAAGCUGAAGCCGAAGAGUCUGAUGAGGAAGAUAUCAAGCCAGAGGCAGCAGCCAAAGCUCGUGAAAAGGUUCAAACGACACUCAAAUCCACUGGAAAAGACCCGUAUCCAGACUGGAAAGCCGGCGAUCCAGUACCGUACGCAGCGCUCUGCACGACCUUCUCGAAAAUAGAAAUGACGACGAAGCGUCUGGAGAUUCUUGCACACUGCGCAGCUUUCUUGCGGCAGGUCGUUCGACUGACUCCUGAUGACCUGCUCCCAACCGUUCACUUGAUGGUUGGCAAGCUUGCAGCCGACUACGCUGGCAUUGAGCUGGGCAUUGGCGAGUCUCUCAUCAUGAAAGCCAUUGGAGAAACAACUGGACGCAGCCUCAAGAUCAUCAAGGAGGAUCAGCAGAAGAUUGGCGAUCUUGGUCUGGUAGCGGCGAAGAGUCGUUCGAAUCAACCUACUAUGUUCAAGCCAAAGCCUCUGACUGUUCGCGCCGUGCACGAAGGCUUGAUGAAGAUCGCGACCGUGGAAGGCUCUGGAUCGCAACAACGCAAGGUCGAUGGCAUCAAGAAGCUCCUUUCCUCUGCCGAUGUCAACCUCGCCAAGGGCCAGACCGUCGACAUCAAUAAAGACAAGGGUGGACCUAGCGAGUCGAAGUUCAUCAUUCGAGCCCUGGAAGGAAAGAUGAGACUUGGACUCGCAGACAAGAACCUACAAGUUGCCAUCGCUCAUGCCAUGACGGCUCAUGCUGUGGCACAGGACGGCAAGAAAAUCCCAUCCGAAGACGAACUCAAGAAGGGGGAGGAGAUCUUCAAGGCUGUCUACAAUGAACUGCCUGCUUACGAGGUCAUUGUGCCAGCGCUCCUCGAGCACGGCAUCUGGAAUCUACGCAAGUCCCUGAAGCUGCGACCAGGUGUGCCUUUGAAACCUAUGCUUGCGAAGCCGACCAAGUCGAUCGGCGAGGUACUCGAUCGCUUUGAGGGUAAAGACUUCACCUGCGAGUACAAAUACGACGGGGAGCGCGCCCAGAUCCACUUUGUGGCCCAUGAUGCAGACCUGGACUUCGCCACGACCGUGGCGCCCGAGGCCGGAAAAUCUGAUCGUGGCAUCUCAAACAUUUUCUCGCGCAACAGCGAAGACUUGAGCAAGAAGUAUCCCGACAUUCUUCAGAAGCUACCAACUUGGGUCAAGAAGGGUACCAAGAGCUUUGUCCUUGACUGCGAGACUGUCGCUUGGGACACCGAGAAGAAGCACGUCCUGCCGUUUCAGCAGCUCAUGACUCGGAAGAAGAAGGAUGUCAAAGCCGAAGACAUCAAAGUUAAAGUCUGUGUGUUCGCAUUCGACAUUCUAUAUCUGAACGGCGAAGCUCUGGUCAACAAGCCUUUCCGAGAGCGACGCGAUGCCAUGUACAGUGCAUUCGAUGAAGUCGAAGGAGAGUUCGCCUUCGCACAAUACGGCAACACUCGAGAAAUCGAGGAGAUUCAGACAUUGCUGGACGAAUCCAUCAAGGCUUCGUGCGAAGGUUUGAUGGUCAAGAUGCUUGAUGGCGUCGAGUCACACUACGAGCCAUCCCGCCGUUCUCAGAAUUGGCUCAAGGUCAAGAAGGACUACCUUGCUGGAGCUGGGGACUCUCUCGAUCUGGUCGUCCUGGGAGCGUACUACGGCAAAGGCAAGCGUACCAACUGGUAUGGAGCAUUCCAUCUUGCCUGCUACAACACCAGCUCGGAGCAGUACGAGACCGUGUGCAAUAUUGGCACUGGCUUCUCAGAGGCCCUGCUGGCUGAACUCUACGACACCCUUUCGCCACUCGCAAUCGACCGAGCAAAGCCAUUCUACGACCACUCCUCCGGAAAGAACGAUCAGCCAGACGUCUGGUUCGAGCCGAAGUACGUGUGGGAGGUCAAGACGGCCGAUCUCACGCUAAGUCCAAGAUACCGUGCGGCUGCCUCGGAGUUUGGCAGUGAUGGCACGCACAAGGGUGUCAGUCUGCGAUUCCCCAGAUUCAUCCGUGUGCGUGAUGAUAAGAAGCCGGAAGAGGCGACGAGCAGCAGGCAGGUUGCUGAGAUGUAUCGCAAGCAGGAGUCUGUCGGCAAGGACAAGAAGCCGGCGGUGGAUGAUGAUUUUGAGUACUGA